AUUCCCACCCCUGACAGUUGAUCCUGAAGGAAUCACAAAAUCAGCUGAUCCUGACAAUGUGACCUGUCACCUCCUGUCAUCUCUGGUCAGGUCUCUCUGAACCUGGCGAUUGAAAAUUCCCAGCAAUCAUAACCUGCCAGCAACUGACAGGUGAUAAAAUGCCACCAGAUUUUUCGUAGGUGUUCAUGAUGCAGGCGAGUGACAUAUUGACAGCGAUUUUCGGGGAAGGGGUCGUCACCGAGAACUCUUCCAGGCCUUCGGAGAGUCUCCGGGUGGCUUAUGAGUUCAUGAAAUCCGCCCUUACCAUACCAGAUGAUCCCUCUGAAGACCCCCGCCCUGGCCGAUUGGGCCCCAAACCCGUAUGCUUCGAUGUUUCCACUCAUCAUGGACUUGUCAUUGUCACACCAGAUCGUUUAAGUGUCAACUCCCAGAGUAAUUUCAGCACUCUUCGUGCCAAUACUGGUUUAUAUUCCGGCAAAUGGAUGUACGAGCUGCAGCUCGGUUCCAAGGGAGUGAUGCAGAUAGGCUGGGGUACAGCGCACUGUAAAUUUAGUCAAGAGAACGGAGUAGGUGACACGAUCAAUUCGUAUUCCUACGACGGCAACAGAGUGCGUAAAUGGAACGUAUCAACCCACAAAUACGGUGAGCCGUGGCUGUCAGGUGACAUAAUCGGUUGCGCCCUGGACCUGGACUCAGCCAAGAUCUCGUUCUACAGGAAUGGUCGAUCCCUGGGAACUGCCUUCGAGGGAAUAACAACAGGUGCUGGUGUUGCGUAUUUUCCGACAGUCUCUCUGGCAUUUACGGAGAAUCUCACGGCGAAUUUCGGCUCAACGCCAUUCAGAUACCCGAUCCCAGGGUACGAGACCCUGGAGGGAGCCCCAGAGGCGUCCCUCCGUCGCUCAAAACUCCUCGUCCUCUGGUUCGAACGUCUGAUCGGCCAGAUGAGCCUGGAGACGGCCCCUGAGGAAUCUCCACCCGAUCCCCCGUCGAUGUCCUCCAGAACGUACCUCUCAUGUCUGUCCAGGUCGAUUCUCCAGGAGCUGGGGCCGCUUCUGACAAUCCCCUACAUCAUAGAAUCAGUUUUUCUCCCCCUCGUCGACGAUCUCGAGCCCUCGAAGCUCCAGAUCUGUUUGGAUGUCCUCUGGACACACCUGGAGAGCCAUGAGAUGAAGGCCUGCCUCGAGGGCAGCGUCGUGUACCUAUUAUCAGCCUUCAGGCACGUGUCUCUGAGGCUCGAUUAUCCCGACCAGUGCAGGAGCCUUCGACUCUUGACGAGUCUCUGUCGUCAUCCACGAACAAGACAGUAUCUUCUCCAGAAUGUUCUCUUCGAUCGCGUCCGGUUCGCCAAUUUCAUUCACGUCAAGCCUCUGGAUGAGGCAGGUUUUGUCGACAUCGUCGAGAAGACCUGGUGGGAGACGACGCCACAAGAUCUCUCCGUCGAGGUCAAUAGACAAAGCUACACCGACGCCUGCGAGACAAUCAAGUCAGCCAUCGCCGAGGUAGAGGCCCUCCAGGUCGAUCUACUCAUCACUUUCCUCGAUAAUUCCGAUGGCACAUCAACCACCUCGUCCUCGAGGACAAUUUUCUUGAAGAAAUUCCGGAGAUUUGUCCAGGAGAACCUCAUCGCCAGCAGAACUCCCCUGCAGAUCACUGUCUGCUGCUUUCAUCGGUUACUCGUUGCCUUCCGGAUACUCUGGGAGAGGGAAGUCGGGAUAUCCCCGGUGUUCGUCCCCUGCAGGGUAUUCUAUGACUCCUCGAUAAAUUACUCGGACAUCGAUCGUCUCGGGGGCGUUUUAUCGUAUCUAAAUAAAACGUAUAAAAACGAGUUGAUCCACCACCUGGGGCCCGAUCACGAGGUGAUCCUCUCCCUGGAGAAAGCGACAGACACAAAUACCUUUGUCGGUGGUCCCGGAAGGGUCGGGGAGGUAUCUGUCGUGAUUCCAGGAACAACACGAAUCCUCAAUAUCAAUACCUCGACUCCAGGUGGUUCUCCCAUUAUCCUGGGUUACCCCACAUUCGUCGGUGAGGAUAAACCCCUGCCUGCGGGUUCUGCGGACUCUGCAGUGUCCCUGCUGGAACUCCUGGAGGACGUGAUACUGUUCUAUCACGCAGCUGCGAAGAAACAAAUAGCAAAAGUGGCGAAUCUGCGAGACAGCAUGAGCGAGUACGUCAGCGCGAUGUCCGAGGUGAAGGCCAGGCUCGACGCCCUGAAGAGGACGAAGGAUCCCGACGUCGGGGUUCAGACGGAAUUGCUCAGGACGAUUGCUGUAUUCAAUACAAAACUCUCGGAGCAAGCGAGACACAUGGCGUGGGUGAGGGCAGCUGUUUACUCCAGGGAGAAGCAGUCGCAGCUUGCAUGGCUGCUCAAUGUCGUCACCCUGACCCUGAAGAAGGCGAGUCUCGAGGGGAAUAUGUUCAGAUUUGUCCCGGAUUUCUACCUGGAGGCCCUGGCAGAUCUCUCGGUGGGACUGAAGAGCCACUUGCAUCCCACCGCACCCAUCGAGAAUAUCAGAGGAUACGAAGAAAUGCUUCGAGAGAUCGCCCAAUUUCUCUGCGAUCACUUCCUAGACCCCAGAAUUGUUCACGCCAUCGCCAAGGACACGCUGAUCCUCACCCUCGCUGGGUUCACCUCGAAUUCCCUGACUCUCAAGGCUCUCGAGGAAAUACCCAGAGAGUCUAGGAUAAAAUUCGUGACGAAUGUUCUCCGACCGUAUGAAAAUCGUGCCUGGGCCCAAUCCAAUUGGGUCCUUGUGAGAUUCUGGCAGGGACAUGGAUUUGCCUUUAGGUACGAGAAGAGUCCACACCUCGCGAGGAAGAUCGGCCCGAAGAUGCUCCAGCAGGAGUCUAUAUCCCAGCCGAUAAAACCCUGUCCCUCUGUCAUGUAUCAGAUGCACGUGAGGGACAUUCUGGUGGACAAUCCCAAGGCGACAACUCUCUUUUUAAAUUCACUUCUGAAUCAGAUGAACUGGGCCUUCUCCGAGUUCAUCAGCAUGGUCCAGGAGAUUCACAAUGUCUCCUCCAGACCGGAGAGAGUUUUCAUUGAGUCCAGACAGCUCAAGAUAUGCGCCACUUGUUUUGAUCUUGCUAUUUCCCUGUUGAGGGUAAUCGAAAUGAUUGCCAAUGUUGCACCGAGUAUUUUUGGUGAUGACACUCAAAGCUCCAGUGAGAAUCUCCUGGCAAGGCUAUGCCAGCUUCUCUGCCAGAUUCUAAAUAGAGUGAGCUCACAGACGAGUUGUUUCCAGCACGUCGUUCUCCUGGAGAUUCCCGACCUGGAGAGCAUCGAUCAUUUUCCCAUUUUGGCUGCUGUUACUGGAAUUCUUAUUGCCCUGUUGAGAGGUGAUAUGGCUGGGGACAAGGAUCCCGGGAAUAUCCCGAGGAUCACCAGGGCUUUGCUGACGGAACCGAGCUUUCAGAUGAGCUCUUUGUACUUUGUCCUCGGUGAAGACGAGUCCAAGAGGAAAAUCGAUAAGAAUGUCAAGACGUUUUCACUGGGUUCGUACGCGGGGGAUGUCAGUCUGGAGGAAAUUGACAGUGUCAAGGCCAUGUUGAUGUAUCUGGAGUCCAAACGAGUACUUCUACCGGACAAUCGACUCCUCAGCGAUGACGAUGAUACCUGCAUCAUCUGCUAUGCCUAUCCUAAUGGCGCCACUUUUAAACCCUGCAAUCAUAAAUCGUGCAGAGUAUGCAUUGAUCGACAUCUCUUGAACAGUCGGGAGUGCUUCUUCUGCAAGACCACGAUUACUCAGGUCUAUGACCUCAAUAAAACUCUCAUUCAUGAUUUCACUUCUAGUCUCGUUAGGUCGUCCUCUAGCUCGUCGUGAUAUCAGUGGAUUGGAAGAUUCAGGAAUGACAGGCGGAAGAACACGUGAGGUGGGGAAAUUAAAUUUAUCGUUGGUCAGACGAAUGUUUAACUGAAUUGUGAUGAAUAAAAAUGUUUUUGAGAAUUUAAAUCCAUCAUUUGAUUCUCUAUUGUUAUAAAUAUAAAA